AUGGAGGAUCUCGAUCGCAUAAGGAAAUUUCGAAGUCAGGCCAGGUCGUCGAUAACCCGAACGGUGAACGAUCUGAAGACGCUUUUGACUACGACCCCUCUUCCCAGAGAGCAACUGAAGCAAACCUUGACGGUUCUGGAAACGAAGUGGGCUACCUUGAAAGAAAAGGACCGAGAGGUUCAGGGUCUCAUACCGGAGGAAUUGAUAGAGAGCGAGUGUAAUUCCUGCGAUCAAUACCUCGUGUCAGUCACUGCGAUCAAGUUCCAAGUGUGUUCCGCACUAGACUCCACGACCGCAUCCCGAUCUUUGGCUACCGCAAGUGACGGCGUUAAUGCUACGGGACCUCGACGAUCCUCCUCAGGAGAUCGGAGUCCGUCUACCGGAGUCACUCUACCGAAGCUGCGGAUCGACACCUUUAGCGGCGACCUAUCUAAAUGGCAGGGGUUCUGGGACCAGUUCCGUGCGAGUAUUCAUGAAAACGAACGUCUCACUGAUGUCAACAAGCUGAAGUACCUGGUUUCUCUCGUUUCUGGGCCAGCAGCCCGUGCCAUUGAAGGUCUCUCAAUUAGCGAUGAGAACUACACGACUGCCGUGGGCAUACUUCAGAAGCGAUUUGGGAAGGACGACCUUCUUGUGACCGAAAACAUGGGGCGCCUUUUCGAGCUCAGGACUGUUCGGUCCAGCACCGACGUAAAGGGGUUGCGUGAGCUCCACGAGACUGUUACAGUGCGCAUCAGGAACCUGGAGAGCCUAAAUGUUACGACAGCACAAUACGCAAUUCCGCUUCGGCAGGUCAUCUUGAAGAAGAUUCCUAGAGACCUCGAAAUGGACUUCUACCGAACCAAGGACAAAGGCAAGGACACCAACGGCGACUCUUUAUCAUCCCUACUAGAUUUCCUGGAGAAUGAGAUUGAAUGUCGGGAACGAGCCCGAAGGGAGGCAGAUGACGUUCCCAAGCGCAGGGAGCCGACCCCAGCCUCUGCAUCUUCGCUGACAGCAACCGCGUCGUCUGUCUCAGAUCCAGCACCUGCAAUGGCUGCCCCAAGCACUCCUACGUGUGUGCUUUGCAAGUCCGGACAGCAUCGAUUGGGGGGAUGCACUGCUGGUUUGAGCCCUGAGGAAGUACGGCUGAUCCUGCGCAGGGAGGGCAGGUGUUUCCUUUGCGGACGACGGUCGCACAUAUCGAAGGAUUGCAGGGUAAGGCGGGUCUUGCAGUGUGAUCGCUGCCAUAGACGUCAUCUUACUCAGCUGUGCCCCGGAGUCAACUCGUCCAGCACUGAGCAGUCCCCGCAGUCGUCUCAGUCUACAGCACAAGAGCCGUCGACGGUGCAUGCGUCUACGGGAACUGUUGUGACAUCUCUUUCUUCAUCCUCUGCCGUUUUGCCAGGCGCGGCGGUCCUUCUGCAAACAGCCAAGGUGUGGAUUGAAGGAACUGAUGGCCGGAGAAGUCUCGCACGCAUACUUCUGGAUGGCGGCAGCCAACGCAGUUCUAUUCGACAGGAUAUGUCGACGAAGCUCGGAUGUUCAGGCAGAAAUGCCAGCGGUGGUCACUGUCACAUCCCGUCGGUUCAUGUUCUCCAUGUUGAGGUGCACAAGGAAGAUACCAACGUCAUCGACCAGCAACUCUCCGCCUUUUGGGAGUUAGAGCAUUUGGGCAUAAUUGAUCGCCACCAGUCCGACUCCGACGGUGACACUGUCCUACGCAAGUUCCGGUCCACAGCGCAGUUGUUAAACGGUCGUUACACCGUGCGCUUGCCUUGGAAGUCGGAAGCGCCUGAAGCAUUGGGUGACAACAAGAAGCUGGCGGUCCAGAGGCUGGAUAGUACCAUCAAACGAUUACGGAGAGACCAAACGUUGCUGGAAGAAUACGAUUCCACCAUACGUCAGUAUUUGCGUCUUCAACACGCUGAACGGGUCCUACAACAGGAGUUGGUGGCCGGGCCUCUCUAUUAUAUGCCGCACCACGCAGUCAUCCGAAGGGACCGCGAGACAACAAAGGUUCGAAUUGUGUUUGAUGCCUCGUCGAAGGCUCACGGUUCUCUCUCUCUCUCAACGAAGCUCUUCACGCCGGCCCUAACCUUAACCCUGACGUUCUGCAAUUGCUUUUGCGGUUUCGAUCUUAUCAUGUGGCUCUCACAGCGGAUAUAG